GCUCUGCGAAGAGGUCAAAGAUGGCGGCCGCGGCGCUCGCCGCUCGCCGUUUGCGUUUUCGCAGCGGGCUUGUCUUGCUGCAGACCACUCGGGGGGCGGGUGUGUGUGAACCGAAGCUCUGUUGCAGAUUUUAUCCUGGAAAUGAAUCCCUCAAAAAGGUUGAAGGAACAGAUAUAACAGGGAUUGAAGAAAUAGCCAUUCCAAAAAAGAAAACUUGGGAUAAAGUGGCUGUUCUUCAGGCACUUGCAUCCACAGUAAACAGGGACCCUACAGCUGCACCUUAUGUAUUUCAAGAUGACCCUUACCUCAUACCAACCUCUGUGAUGGAGUCGCGUUCAUUUUUAUUGGCAAAGAAGUCUGGAGAGACUGCAGCAAAAUUUAUUAUUAAUUCUCAUCCCAAAUAUUUCCAAAAGGAUAUAGCCGAGCCUCAUAUACCGUGCUUAAUGCCUGAGUACUUUGAACCUCAGAUUGAAGAUGUAAGUGAAGCUGCCCUGAAGGAACGAAUCAAACUCAAAAAAGUCAAAGCUUCUGUGGACAUUUUUGACCAGCUCUUGCAAGCAGGAACCCCAGUCUCGCUUGAAACAACUAAUAGUCUUUUGGAUUUAUUGUGUUACUAUGGUGACCAAGAGCCCCCAGCUGACUAUUCUUUUCAACAAACUGAACAUUUGGAAAACUUGGAAGAGGCCACAGAGGAAAAUAAUCAAACAUCCAAGAUGGAAUCUGGUCGUUGGAAAGCGCAAAACAAUGCUGAGAGAAUCUUCGCUCUAAUGCCAGAGAAAAAUGCACACUCCUACUGCACGAUGAUCCGAGGGAUGGUGAAGCACCGAGCUUAUGCACAGGCGUUGAACUUGUACACCGAGUUAUUAAAUAACAGACUUAGUGCUGAUGUAUAUACCUUUAAUGCAUUGAUUGAAGCAAAAACAUUCAUACUCAAUGAGAAAUUUGAAGAAAAAUGGAACGCUAUACUGGAUCUACUGAAGCAUAUGGUUGCACAGAAGGUGAAACCAAACUUGCAGACUUUUAAUACAAUAUUGAAAUGUCUCCGGAAGUUUUAUUCAUUUGGAAAGUUACAGGCCUUACAGAUAUUACGUGAAAUGAAACAUAUUGGAGUAGAACCCUCACUUGCAACAUACCAUCAUAUUCUUCACCUCUUUUACCCGAGAGGUAGCUCUAUAAAAAUGCCAUCCCUCAUCAUCUAUGAUGUCAUGGAUGAGUUAGAGGGAAGAACAUUCUCUCCACAGGACCCUGACGAUGAUAAAUUUUUUCUGUUGGCCAUGAAUGUGUGUUCAUCUCUCAGAGAUUUAGAGCUUGCUUACCAAGUACAUGGUCUUUUAAACACGGGAGACAACCGGAAACUGAUCGGACAAGAUGUUCAAUGUAAACUGUAUUAUUCGAAGUUUUUCAGUUUGAUUUGUUCACUGGAACAAAUUGAUGUCACCUUGAAGUGGUAUAAGGACCUGAUACCUUCAGUGUUCCUUCCCCACUCCCAAAUAUUCAUAGGUCUUCUUCAAGCAUUGGAUGUGGCUAAUAGGCUAGAAAUGGUUCCUCAGAUUUGGAAAGAUAGUAAAGAAUACAACCAUACUUUCCGAGAUGCCCUAAGAAAAGAAGUAUUGAUGCUCAUGGCCAGGGAUAAACACCCACCAGAGCUUCAGGUUGCAUUUGCUGACUGUGCUGCUGAUAUCAAAUCUACAUAUGAAAGCCAGGAUGCCCGGCAGACUGCUCUUGAUUGGCCAGCUGACUCUUUACAAUACAUAGCUGUCCUUUUUUUAAGAGGUGGCAGAACCCAGGAAGCCUGGAAAAUGUUGGCACUCUUCAAAAAGCAUAAUAAGAUUCCCAGAGAUGAAUUGCUGGAGGAAUUUAUGGACACAGCUAAAGCCUCCAGCAGCACUGCUAUGGCCAUUGACGUUGUGAAGCUGGCAAGUGCCUUCAGCUUGCCUAUUAGUGAGAGCCUUGCCCAAAGAGUAAUGAUGGAUUUCACAGUUGACCCAAAACAAAAAGAAGCCCUGGGUAACCUCACUGUACUGAACAGUAGCGAUGGAGAAAGCAGCAGCGACAGUGACAGUGACAUCAGUGAAGACAAAUGAAAGGCAGAGGUGGCUCACAAUAGCUGCUGGAGUAUUAGAAAUGGUAAAAUAAACAGAUACAGAGCUGGGACCUAAUAUAAGCUCUGUGGUGUUGCACUAGCCAAAACACAUGACCCUGGGGCUCAUAUGCAGUACCACAAAGAUGCACAUCUGGCCAGUUUUUUUUGCCAAGACAGCAACAAGCACUGUGAAGUCUGAUUUUUGGGGAAGAACAAAUUCCACAUAAAUACACUGUCUGCAGACCUCGUUCCUACUGUACCCAUCACGCUUGAACUUACCAGCCUUUGCCGCCUAACUGCUUUGUGGUGUGUGGUCCUUUACCCUAGAGAUCAGAGUUUAAACUGGUUUUCAUGACAGUUCGUAAUUAUGGUUGAGCUGAUCUUAUCGCCUUAAAAAGAUGGAUGCUCUUAGAACUAAUUAAAUCAGAAGCAAACUACUGGUUUAGGCUGCCCAGAUGGUAAAAUCAUUAAAUAAAGCAGUUAAGUACAUUA